AAACCUGAAACUGAAUAUUUUCAAGAACUGUAUAUGAGAAAAUAAAGAAGACUAAACCUUAUACGAACCAGACCUAAGAAGAUGUCGGCGAAGCUUUUGUAUAACUUGUCAGAUGAGAAUCCAAAUCUAAAUAAACAGUUUGGAUGUAUGAAUGGGAUCUUCCAGGUUUUUUACCGGCAACAUUGUCCUGCGAGACGUGUUGUUGUAGCCGGAGAUGAGCUCAGGUCUCUGCCUUCAGGGAAAGCAAUUAAUAAUGUUUGUGACACCAACGUUGAAACGGAGAAGAGUAAGAAGAAGAAGAAGAAACAGAGGGGAGUCUCCUCUGAAUCAUCAUCUAGGCUGUCCUUUUCUUCUUCACCAUGCUCCUCAAGCUUCUCGUCUGAAUCUCAGUUUGAACAACACGGUUUGACGCAAACGAGUAACGGUGAGAAUCCAGUAAGAGGUGGUUUAAUGAUGUCGAGUGGUUUAAGGGAGCUUGUGAGAAACUCCAUUCACAAAGAGACCAGAGCCAGAGAUGAAGAAGAAUCAGCAAGAGCUAACGCGUCUCUUCUCAAAGAAUCAUCACCAGCGCGGAGAGUAGUGAAGCUGAAAGACAGUCCUCGGUUCUCUUACGAUGAGAGGGAGACGAGAAAGACAGGCGCCAAGUUCAAAGAGACGCCGAGGUUGUCAUUAGACAGUAGAUCGAAUUCCUUUAAGAGUGCGAGAUCUAGCUCUUCACCAGAGCCGCAAGAGCUUGUAACGGGCCAUCACAGAAGAACAACGUCGAGUAUUGUUGCUAAGCUGAUGGGUCUUGAAGUCAUUCAAGACGAGUGUGUUACUGAUCAGGUCAGAGAGAACCGCUUCUGCGACUCCCCCAGGCCAACUCUACAAAAAUCAAGAAGUUCCGAUUCAAUCAAGAAGACGAUGAUGCCUGCCAAGUUUCCUAUGAAAGCAGCUGAGGCUGCAACUACGCUGACGGUUUAUGGUGAGAUACAGAAGCGACUUUCGCAGCUUGAGUUCAAAAACUCAGAGAAAGAUCUCACAGCUCUGAAGCAAAUACUCGAAGCAAUGGAGACGACGCAGAAGUUGAUGAGCAAAGAUGAUGACAACAAUGGCUUGAGUUCAACCAAUUUUAUGCAGCCAGUUCUAUCUGCAACGACAAGAUCUUCGUCUAUAGUGGUUACGAAAGCAGCAACUGCUUCAGUUUUCAACGACACAGGGAGAUCGAGUUCAGCCUCUUCCUCGCCACGGAGUGUUACUUUACCAAAUGUCAAGGUUACAAACCUGAGGCAAAGCCAGAGAGUCACUCCGAGGAAGCAAAGCGCCAUGGAUGUGACUCCAAGGCUGGGAGUUUACAAGGGCCAGACAGAUUCACCAACAAAAAACACUGCUACCAGAGCGUUGCAGUCCAAAAACGAGAUGGCCAAGAGUCAGAAGCCUAGUGUCAGCCCAAGAACACAGCCGAAGAAGCUGGGGUUCGAGAAGCAGUCUAGACCAACGUCUCCAAAACCAGAACAGAACAAGAUCCAAAGACAACAACUUAGUAGGCAACAGACGGAAUCAGCCUCCCUAAGAAGAAAACCUCGCGGCAGGCAGCAAUCAGAAGACCGUUUAAGUGAUGAAAGCAGUCUAAGAUCUGACAGCAAUGUAAGCUCGGCUUCUAACCUUGACAGUGAGGUUACAAGCAGAUAUAAAUAUGAAAGGAACAUCGACUUCAAAGAGCAGCACACACAAAAACAAAGGAGUCCAGAGAUGAGGUCGUUGCCAAAACCUCUGAAAGUUACGGUGGAGCAACCUAGCCCCGUUUCAGUUCUUGAUGUAGCCUUCGAUGAAGAUGAGUCACCAUCCCCUGUGAGGAAGAUAUCCGUUGUCUUCAAAGACGAUGAUUAUCUACGUUCUGAAGAGUCCCAGUGGAUGAACAAGCACAAAGCCUUACGUAGAUCGAUUGUGUGGCCUGAGAGUAACGGGAGUCUAGAUCAGUCAGAUGCUGAACUUAAUGAGGGUAUCAUGGAAGAAGGUGCGGAAGUAAACACUGGUGACCACAAGUACAUCUCAGAGAUACUGUUAGCAUCCGGGCUUCUAAGAGAUAUCGACUACAGUAUGCUAAGCAUUCAGCUGCACCAAGCACACCUACCGAUCAAUCCUAGCCUUUUCUUCGUCCUGGAUCAGAGCAAGACCAGUAAUGUGACUCAACAUGACAAAAAGCACAGAGGCAUAGGAUUCGGACAACAACAGACGGCGAACCUGAUAGAGAGAAGCAGGAGGAAGCUUGUAUUUGACACCAUAAACGAGAUCUUAGCUCGCAAAUUCGCAGCAGAAGGGUGUACAAAGCAACCAUACAUAACAUCAUCAAUCAGCCAGCUAAGGAGGACAAACAAGAGUUCAAAAGGGAAGGAACUUCUGGAAACUAUGUGUUCAGAGAUUGAUCGAUUACAAGAUAACUCAAAAUGCAUCUUGGAUGAGGACGACGAAGACCUCAUUUGGGAGGACUUGCAAGGUCAAGGCAUGAACUGGAAGGAGAUUGAAGGAGAGACGCCAGGGUUGGUGUUAGACAUUGAGAGGCUGAUCUUCAAGGACUUGAUCAGUGAAGUUGUGACAAGCGAGGUUGCUGCUUCUCCAGGAAUGCUCAGUGGGAAACCCAGACAGCUUUUCAAUUGCUAAUAUGCCUAAUUACUUAGAACUGUAAAUGAGGGAUCUAAAUAAUCCAUUUUACAGAGUAGAAAACAUUUGAUUUCUUGGUUCUGUGAACCCUUUCUUG